UUCUUAGCAUAUGCCGUAUUUGUUCAUAUUUAUAUGUCCCUUGCUCAGACAUAGACGAGCGUGAACACCCGGAAGAAUAUCCAUGUUCUGGAAUCUGCACCAACAUCCCUGGAACUUUCCAUUGCCAGUGUCCUGAUGGUACCUACAGAGAUCCACUGAUGAAACAGGGAUGCAUCAGCGCCACAACAACAAAAAAGACAUUUACAGGUAAGAAUAGCAUCGUUGUGAUAAUCAUGAUCAUACAUUCUUCCUCAAACAAUUUGAAUGCUCCAAACUCAUGACUUCGUCUCUUCACCUAUGAUACCAUAUUUUACAGGUUUGGUCAUAGGCCUAGUAGUCAGUGGUGGCUCAGUUAUUUUGCUUCUAGUACUUGCUGCCCCCUUCGUAGCACGCAGAAUCAACUUAAAUAGAGCAAACAAACUGAAAAAUAGAUUGUUCAAGCAAAAUCAUGGUUACUGUUGCCACAGCUAAUAUCACAGAAGACAGAUUUUGGUGAAAGAAUGAUCAUUCCUUUGUUGGAUCUAGAGAAGGCCACAGACAAUUUUGAUAGAACUCGUGAGGCAGGAGGCGGAGGACACGGUGUUGUGUAUAAAGGAAUUUUAGACCUACAGGUAGUUGCCAUCAACAAAUCCAAGAUCGUCGUACAGAGAGAAAUCGAUGACUUCAUAAACGAGGUUGCAAUUCUUUCUCAAAUCAACCAUAGAAAUGUUGUGAAGCUAAUUGGAUGUUGUCUGGAGACAGAAGUCCUGUCACUGGUUUAUGAGUUGAUUUCAAAUGGUACUCUUGAUCACCAUCUUCAUUUUGAAGGCCCGAUGUUACUAUCAUGGGAUGAUCGAACAAGGAUUGCGCAUGAAGUUGCUAGAGCUCUUUCUUAUCUUCAUUCAUCUGCUUCGAUGCCAAUUUAUCACAGGGAUAUUAAAUCAUCCAACAUACUUAUUGAUGAUAAUUUAACAACAAAGGUAUCAGAUUUUGGAGCUUCGAGAUACAUCCCAAUUGACAAAACAGGGUUGACUACAGCUGUGCAAGGAACAAUAGGCUACUUAGACCGUUAGACCCUAUGUACUAUGAUACCGGUCAUCUAACAGACAAGAGUGAUGUUUUUAGUUCUGGUGUUCUUCUUAUAGAACUACUAACUAGAAAGAAAAAAACCCAUG